GGGUCUCGAUUUCGCUGACACCCAAACAAACGGCAUGGUCGCCACCUUUCCUCUGAAUCAUAGACGUUUUUAAUCAACGGUUUUAAAUCAUUGACAUUAAGGAGUACAGGGGGGGUGAUAUCUGGCAUUGGUAAGGGCAUCAUAGCCAGCAGUGUGGGCACAAUACUCAAAUCCUGUGGUCUGCAUGUCACUGCUAUUAAGAUCGACCCCUACAUUAAUAUUGAUGCCGGCACCUUCUCUCCCUAUGAACAUGGUGAGUGCAAAACUGUUUUGGUGAUAUGCAUAUUUAUACAUGCACAUACUUAGCCAUAUACAUUUUAUAAGAGCAAAUAAAGCUGAAGGUAUGCAAAAGCCUUGUCGGCUGGCUGUUUUAUGUGAGUGUUUGGAAAGUUGUCUAACACUGGUCAACAGGUGAGGUAUUCGUGCUGGAUGAUGGCGGUGAAGUCGACUUGGAUUUAGGGAACUACGAGCGUUUUUUGGACAUCCGGCUAACCAGGGACAACAAUCUGACCACCGGGAAGAUCUACCAGUCUGUUAUAACGAAAGAGAGAAGAGGGGAUUAUCUGGGGAAAACUGUACAAGUGGUACCGCACAUUACGGAUGCUAUUCAGGAAUGGGUUAUGGGACAGGCUAAAGUCUCAGUGGACGAUGACGGUGUUGAACCAGAAGUCUGUGUCAUUGAGCUUGGAGGUACAGUUGGAGAUAUCGAGAGUAUGCCUUUCAUUGAAGCUUUCAGACAGUUUCAGUUUAAAGUGAGACGGGAAAACUUUUGCAACAUCCAUGUCAGCCUGGUCCCUCAGCCUAAUUCUACAGGCGAACAAAAAACCAAACCCACACAGAACAGCGUUCGAGAGCUUCGUGGACUAGGCUUAUCCCCAGACCUGAUUGUUUGUCGUUGUUCCACUCCAUUGGAGACUGCCGUCAAAGAGAAGAUCUCCAUGUUUUGCCAUGUAGAACCUGAGCAGGUGAUCUGCAUACAUGACGUCUCCUCCCUCUACAGAGUACCUUUACUGCUGGAGGAUCAAGGUAUAGUUGACUAUUUCUGCCGCAGGCUGCAUUUGCCCGUUGAAAUGAGGCAACGUAAAAUGCUGACAAAGUGGAAGGAGAUGUCCGACAGAUCUGACAGACUCUUGGAGAAAACUUCCAUUGCUUUAGUGGGCAAGUACACCAAACUGUCCGAUUCCUAUGCUUCAGUGAUUAAAGCCCUGGAGCACUCGGCCCUGGCUAUCAGCUAUAAGCUAGAGGUCAAGUACAUAGAUUCUGCAGACCUGGAGCCAGCUACACAGCAAGAGGAGCCGGUGAAAUACCACGAGGCCUGGCAGAAGCUCUGCAGUUCUGAUGGCGUUCUUGUUCCUGGAGGCUUUGGGGUACGAGGUACUGAGGGAAAAAUCCAAGCCAUCAACUGGGCAAGAAAGCAGAAAAAGCCAUUUUUAGGUGUUUGUUUGGGUAUGCAGCUGGCAGUGUGUGAAUUUGCUCGUAAUGUGCUUGGUUGGAAAGAUGCCAAUUCUACCGAAUUUGAUCCAGAAACAAAACAUCCUGUGGUGAUUGAAAUGCCAGAGCACAACCCUGGUGGGCAGAAGGGAGGAACCAUGCGGUUGGGGAAAAGGCGGACCAUGUUUAAAAGCACCUCCAGUGUUAUUCGAAAGCUGUAUGGAGAUGCUGAAUAUGUGGAUGAAAGGCACCGUCAUCGCUUUGAGGUGAAUCCAGAACUGAAGCAUCACUUUGAGGAGAGAGGGUUCCGAUUUGUGGGUGAAGAUCUGGAGGGGGAACGAAUGGAGAUCAUUGAACUUGAGGAUCAUUCUUAUUUUGUUGGCGUACAGUACCACCCUGAGUUCACCUCUCGCCCCAUCAAACCCUCACCACCUUAUUUUGGCCUUUUACUGGCAGCAUCUGGGAAACUGCAGAACUACCUGCAGAAAGGCUGUAGACUCUCACCUCGGGAUACUUACAGUGACCGGAGUGGCAGCAGUUCACCAGACUCUGAAAUCUCUGAGAUUAAAUUCCCAUCAGUUUCUUAAAAGAGAAACACAUACAUAAAAAUGUAUUUAUGACAGUAUUUCAUGAAAUUAUGAAUUUGAAUAAAUGAUUAUAAAAGA